AUGGAAGACUGUGCAAUGGAAGCUCGUCAUAUGUUUCCGGAAGCGGAAGAAGAAAAUCUACCUUCGAAAGGAAGUGAAGGCUGCGCUGAUGCAGAGGACAAAGAAGAAGAAGAAGAGAAGCGAGGUGGAGGCGGUGGGAUUCUGAACAAUCUGCUGGGCAACUUGGUUGCUCCGAUGAGUCCAAGAGCGUCAGCUGCUACAACCGAGGCCGCCGGAGAUGAAGAUCACCGACGGGAGACUUUCCACGAUUUGCCACCGCCACCGCCACGUGGUGCUCCAGCCGAUGAAGUUGUCAGCGAAAAGAGUGAAAAUGUCGUCGGCGACGAUGAAGGGAGUAGUGGAAUCAUUGACAGCAUCGUCUCUCACUUGCCUAAAUCUCUGCCAGGCAUGCUCUCCUCUCUCUCUCUCUCUCUUUCCCCUAAGUUGGUUUAUGUUCUGUAA